AUGAACUCUCCGUACGCGAAGCGGCCUUUUCCCGGCUUCAGGGCACGGAGGACCAGCGCCCCUAGCGCCGGGGUGUCACCUCGGAGGUCACACCAAUGGACAGGCGCCGUAUUGUCCGACCAGCGAGUGGCGCUGUGCUCGGCUGAAGAGCCAUUGCGGGCCUGCGACGACCGCCGCCAAAGCGGGGUGGAUAUGACCACCGAAGCCCCGAGUCCGCUCAUUGAGGUGCCUGUCGCGGACCAGACUGUUCAUGACGAAGAGAGCGGGGCCCGUAGGCACGGUUACAAGCGUCGGCGCAAUUCUCGGCACAGGAAUCCUAGUCUGACUGACAACAUGGAACCCGUGUCAUGCACGGAGACGCGACCGGCGCUGCGCUGUCCCCCGCAUCCGUUCAGCGAGAUCGUGGCCUCGCUGAAGGCAACCGGUCACCAGCAGGCAGACCGCAAGCCGUAA